AUGUCGUUCAUAAGCGCGAGCUCGUCGUUCCAUCUGCACUUAGCGUCGCGCAAGCAGCAGGAAUCUGACGCUGGCUCUGCACAGACUACGCCGCAGUUCAGCACACGCGCGAGCACUAUCACCUACAAAGGCGAGAGCUGCCCGGUCAUAUACGUGACGCACAAGAUAGUCCGCAUACUCUCUCAGCACAACCGCGCGCUACACACCUUAGAGGUGGAGAAGGCUCUGCGCAGCUUGGGGUUUAUGGGCGUUGACAUAUGCACCAACAAGGAUCUGUUUGAGUCCCUGCAGAAUGUCAAACGAAUCGAAUUCGACGUCGCCAGGAAGCGACUGCAGUACAAAAACCCUUAUGAAUCGGUCACUGGCCCAGAUGCACUCGUUGAGUACAUCAACAAGAAUUGUGCCAUCAAGGGGAUGCGCGUCAACGAGGAGUUGAUGAACACCAGUCCAAACAUGGUGGAAUGGCUGGACGAGGUACUAAGGCAGCGUAAAUUGCGAGCUAUUCGUUGUACACCAUCAAACGUAAAAGGGAAGCGUAAAUGCCGCUACGCCUGCACACCAGACCAGUGCACCAUUUACGGCUCCUCAAAAUGCAACGACUGCCUCAAUAACGUGCGGGACAUACUGCUCUUCCCGCUCGGCAAGGAGAGCUACGAGCAGGAUCGCUUUAAGCUGGACCACGAUAUAAAAACGCUAUGGGACUCGGUCACCAUGCCCCCCGUCGACCAGCUGCUAAAGGACUACAACGUCAGCCAGGUGGAGUACACCUACGUCGCCCCGCAGAACUCUCGGAAGCGAGACGGAGAACGCAAACAGGCCAAGAGCGCCGGCGUCAAGAUGCGACGCAUCUACAACACCCACCUGUUCACCGCGCAGGAACUAUCGGCAGGCAUCGCCAACGCAACACAGAAAUAA